AAAUAUCACUUAUCAUCAAAGAAUCACUCUGUGUCUGAAAUUUUCGACAAAUCUUUGCUGGAAAUCAUGGGAAAGAGAUUGGUUAGCCUUGCGCACUAACCCAGUGCGCAGUUUUCAAGACCAAGAUGGCGGCCCCCAGUGGUGAAAUUUCUGUGACCUGCGAAGAUUUCUUGGAGUUUCAAGAAGCACUGAAGAAGUACCGCACCAUAGAUGACAAGAUUGUGUACCAGCUGAACACUGCUAUCCCCACCAACUCCUUUGCAGACAAAGUCAACGCAGGGACACAGUGCAAAAGCCUUCAUGAUGAGCUGUCCCAAGGACAUGUCCAGCGGGAGAACGCAAUAAGGAAGUGUAUCCACCAGACGUCUCAACAGGUGGCCAAGCUGAGGGAGGCUCGAGAAACUGACCAAGACAACAUCCAACUUCUUAAGCAGCUCAGAAAGGAACAGACAAAGCUGAGGUUAAUGCAGCAGGAGAUGAACGUGGAGGAAGUGGUCAGGGACAGGUCAUUAAAGAUUUUCCAAGAACGUUGUCGAACAUUCUACAAACCACCUGCCUCGUCCUGACCAUGGUAGUUCUGCCUGUACUCAGGACAGAUGUAGUGAGAUAGAUAGUUAACUUUUCUCAAUAUCUGUUGUUCUUACACUGCAACAGAUCAGUUUCAUCAAGUAAAUAGUUGUCCAGUUUAUUUUGGUAAGAAAUAACUUUACAGGGAGAUCGUUAAACACUAGCAACAAUUGUGACCCAAAAAAAAGACAGGUCAUUUUCAUACCAAUGUUGAUUAUGUGGAGCAACGGAGAAAGUAUUUUGAUCUUUUCUUAAGUUACAUACAAAGAAGAGGGUGACCUUUGUCUAGUCAACACUUAACAAAUAUCAUUACUGUUUCGUAUAGGAUGUUAAGACCCAUACAGUGUUGACUCUUGUGAAAUUUCUGCUGCCAUAGUCAUAUAAAAAGUACUUUUCAGUCAUGAACUCACACAUUUUGAUGGAUACAGUUACUCCAAUAAAAAUUAAUAAACAUAUUUUA